UUUAAAGGUCUAUCCAGUCUGAUCCGACUAAACCUUACAGGGAACAUGUUCUCUUCAUUGGCUCAGGGGACCUUUGACAGCUUGGUGUCUCUGAAGGCGCUGGACUUCAAGACACCUUACUUGCUGUGUGACUGCAACCUUCUCUGGCUGCUGCGCUGGAUCAAAGACAGGAAAAUCUCUGUAAGGAACACAGAGUGCUCCUACCCACAGUCCCUACAGGGUCAGUCAGUUACCUCCAUCAGGCCGGAGCUCUUUACAUGCGACGCUCCACUCGAGCUGCCCUCCUUCCAGCUAACCCCAUCCCAGCGGCAGGUCGUCUUUCAGGGGGACAGCCUGCCCUUCCAGUGUCAGGCCUCCCUCGUGGCAGAGGACAUGCAGGUGCUGUGGUACCACAGGGGCCUCAUGGUCAAGCCUGACGCCACUCAAGGCAUCUUCAUUGAAAAGCGCAUUGUGCAGAACUGCUCGCUGAUUGCCAGUGCAUUGACCAUCUCAAACAUCCAACCUGGUUUUACGGGCAACUGGGAGUGUCGGGUCAGGACAAGCAGGGGAAACACCACCAGGACGGUCCACAUUGUGGUGCUGCAAAGUUCAGCCAAGUACUGCGUCCCUGAACGUGUCUCCAACAACAAGGGAGAGUUCAGGUGGCCACGCACCUUAGCAGGGAUCAGAGCCUACCUGCCCUGCAACCGACUGCCAUCGAGCGGAAGCACGUACUCGGGCAGCUCCAGUGAAGAGCAGCGGGCUUGGCGUUACUGUGAUCGCGAGGGCCAAUGGGCAGAAGAGGAUUAUUCCCGCUGCCAGUUUCAGAAGGAUGUCACAAGAUUCCUCAAUGUCAUCAACCAGAUGCCUCUAAAUGAGAGCAAUGUGGUGACUAUAGCUCAGCGCCUGUUUGUCUACACGAAGGAUGCUGCCAACUUCUCAGACAAGAUGGAUAUCAUCUUUGUGGCUGAGAUGAUCGAGAAGUUUGGGAAGUUUGUUGAGAAGUUUAAAGACGUAAAUGGCAUGACUCCACGCGUCCUGAAGACCCCCGUUAAUGUCACCCUGCGCCUGUUUGCCCGCGGCUCAGAUGCUGUGUCCGCCUGCUGGAACUUGAGCCAGGCGGGAGGUCAGGGAGGAUGGCAGAGCGACGGCUGCCGCAUAUUAGACCAUCACGACAAUUUCACAACCAUAUCAUGCAACUCUCUGGGCAACUAUGGCCUGCUUAUGGAUCUCAGCGCUAUGGAAUAUUCCUCGCCAAGCAUUAAGCCACUGCACCCGGUUAUCUACGCCACCACUGUCAUACUCCUCCUGUGCCUGGCCACCAUUAUUAUAAGCUAUAUCUACCAUCACAGGUCUGUCCGAGUGAGCCGGAAGUUUUGGCACAUGUUGAUCAACCUCUGCUUCCACAUGUCCCUCACCUGUGGGGUUUUUAUAGGUGGCAUCAAUCAGACGCGAUUCUCAAGCGUCUGUCAAGCAGUGGGCAUUUUGCUGCACUACUCCACUCUCGCUACCACUCUCUGGGUGGGCGUGACUGCAAGGAACAUUUACAAGCAAGUGACGCGCAAGGCCAAGCGCUACGAGGAGCUGGACGAGCCGCCGCCACCGCCGCGGCCAAUGCUGAG